ACUGGACAACAAAAGCACGUGAUGUGAAGCCGUACCCCAUAUUUGGGUGCCUACGUAGGAGGGAACCAAGUACAUGUCCCAGUCAUUUCCAUAAUUCAUCAUAAAUUGUGCAAGGGUGCUAUAGACGCACAAAACGACCAAGAGCCACAAAUCAAGCACACAUAUCAAAAAACAAAUGAGCUCUUAUUUUGUAAACUCAUUUUGCGGUCGCUAUCCAAAUGGCCCGGACUACCAGUUACAUAAUUAUGGAGAUCACAGCUCGGUGAGCGAGCAAUACAGGGACUCCGCCAGCAUGCACUCCGGCAGGUACGGAUACGGCUACAAUGGCAUGGACCUCAGCGUCGGGCGCUCUGCUUCCACCCACUUUGGUGCCAAUGAGAGACCCCGCAGUUACCCGGCCAACACCACCUCUGCCUCGACAGAGCCCAGGUACAACCAGCCCGCGACGUCUUCCCACUCGCCUCCCCCUGACCCUCUGCCCUGCACCGCCGUGGCCGGUUCGCCUGUCAGCGAGAGUCACCACGGGGUGAAAAACUCCCUCGCCAACUCCACCAGCACUUCGUCCAAUUCCAGCAGCAACACGCACAUCAGCAGGGACGGGGUUGGCACCUCGUCUGGGACUGAGGAAGACACUCCAGCAAGCAGCGAGCAGGCAAGUGCCCCGACCGACCAAAGCACAGCCCAGCCUUCACAGCCCCAGAUCUACCCCUGGAUGCGAAAACUGCACAUAAGUCAUGACAACAUAGGGGGACCAGAAGGGAAAAGGGCUCGGACUGCUUACACCCGCUAUCAGACCUUGGAGCUGGAAAAGGAAUUUCACUUCAAUAGAUACCUGACCCGCAGAAGAAGGAUUGAAAUAGCACAUGCUCUUUGCCUCUCAGAGAGACAAAUAAAGAUCUGGUUCCAAAACAGGAGAAUGAAAUGGAAAAAGGAUAAUAAGCUGAAAAGUAUGAGCAUGGCAGCUGCAGGAGGGGCAUUCCGUCCCUAAGCGUUUGAUCAAUUAAAAGUACUGAGCAGUAUUAGCUGACCCUGCGUCUCAUGUCAGUACUAAGUUGACUUUCUAAAACUUCCUUGUGUUACUUCUGUGAAGAAACCCUGUUCUUGUCGCCCUUAUUCAUCUUUUAAUCAUGAGCCUGUUUAUUACCAUUCUCUCGCGUGUAUAAGUAGAUCUGCUUUUAUCGUACAUUUCUUUGUCUUGAAUGGCUUUGUCUUGAAAAAAAUAAUAGAUGUUUUAACUUAUUUAUAUGAAGCGAGCUGUGUUACUUGAAGUAACUGUUAAAACAAAACAAAACUGAACAAAAAAGGACAAAAAAAAAGAAGGUAAAAAAAAAAGGAGAGAGAGAAAGAAACCCUCCCCCGGUUUAGUACAAAUGUUAUGUGUUGCACUCAACCUGCUUAACUGUGCAUGUGUGGUCAAGUGUUAAUGUCUGUAUAGCUCCAAGCUGUUAAAAAUAUUUUUAUUCAAACUACCUAUAUAAUUCCUGUGUAAUUAAUGCUGUUGUAGAGGUGAAAUGAUGAAAUCAACUGAACUUGUCCUACGUGUAGUGAAUAGUGAAUCUGUGACGAAAACUGUGAUUCCAAGCAGUAUGUCCUUGCUGUGCCUUUGUAUAUGACUCUUUGCACGAACUCUUAGAAGUGGCUCUUAUUAAGCGCAGCUUCUGUGAUGUAUGUUUUUUGUGAACAAAGUUACAAAUAUAGUCAAAGUCUGGCUGUUUGA